AUGCCGAUCAACAUCAUGCGGAACCCGUUUCGCAAACAAGAUGAGAAUGCGCGGCCGACGACGGGAGGAGCAGAGAGGCCUGUCAACGGUGCUGCGACGAAACCAGUCGAUAUCAAAGAGAAGGAAGGGCAGCCGACGGAAUAUAAACUAAGUGAGAUCAACGACAGCGGCGUCUUCGUCCCUCCUUCACCGCCAGAGCGCAAGUCAUUCUGGACGACUUCUUCCUCCCGCAGCACCACGACUCUCAGCAGCGCCCACCGCAGCGUCUUUAAUGAAAACGAACCCUUCAACAUCUCCCGCGAAUCCUUCGACUCCUACCGCCGCUCCUUCGACAUCUCCGCGCGCUCGCCUGUCAUACAACCCACAGAGCAACGUCCACGGGCUUCACUUGACUCGAGGACGUUCCAGCAACCGGCGCCGAGGAGCUCGAGUAGCUUUCACAGACCUCUGCAGGUACCCCGCACCCAGAAGGAGGAAGAAGGAGAUCUGGAGGAGGUCGCUCUGGAUGAGCCGAAGCCGGCGCCGCAGAAGAAGCGAGGGAUGUUGAGCCGGAUCAUGGAUUCGGAUUCACAUUCUGAGAGGCCCAGCAGUCACGACGGUACAAGUAAAAGUUCCGCAUGGCAUCAUUUCGGCGGCAGGAAGAGGGGUCAGUCGGGGCAAGGAGCGGAGUUGGGCAGUAUUCCGAAGAGAGAGGAGACGCCUAAGCCGGAGAGUCAGCUGAAGAAGGAGAACACACCAAAGCCCGCGGAUGCUCAGGAAGCGAGCGAAGACGUCGCAAAGCCAGCCACGACCCAACCGACGUCAACGGAAGCACCAUCGCAGCCGAAACCGCAGACUCCACAAGCUACCGCCGGCGCGCAGAAGGAGAACUCUCAGGCGCCUGUGGUGACUGUUAACGGUGUUUCUUGA